AUCACUAAAAACUGUUAUUUUAUGGGAAAAAUCUUUGUGAGCCCUGGGGUGUCUCCAGAAGCCUCAAAUAACCCCAAAAUUACCACAAAAUGCCUUUUAAUACCCCAAAAUGCCUUUUUUCUCCCCACUGAAACCUCUUGGAGCUUAUUUUGGCCCCCAAAUCCACCCCAAACAUUCCAAACUCUAAACAUUUUGUCCAAAAUUCCCCAAGUUUGCAUCAAAAUGGUUUUUCUUCUGAAAUUCUCCCCCUUUGGGUCAACAUAUAUUUCCCCCAAUCCCUUUUGGUCAAAAUGGAAUUAAACAGGGAUUAAACAUCCCUCCCCCCAUCUUUCCCCCCACCUUGAGGCCACACCAGUCUCCAUCUCUAUCAGAUUCACUCCAAAACCAGAUUAAUUUUAACUAAAAUCACCUAGAUUCAUGUCAAAAUGGGGUUAAAAUGCUGACACAGCACUCCCACCAACCCCUGCCCUUGAUGCCACCUCAGUACCCCAUUUCCACCAAAUCCAAACUAAAACUUCAUGGAAAGGAUGAAUUUUUCCCCACACCCCCACCAGUUUCAGUCAAAAUUGGUAUUUUUUUGCCCUGUUUUUUGCCCCCAGACUCAGAUCAAAAUGGGGCUCAACAUCCAGGAAAACCCUUCACUCACCUUGUCCCACACAAACCCUCCCAAAUACUAAAUUUGGCCUCAAAGGGGGGAAGAAAAAACCCACCAAACUUUGGGCAUGAUGAGGGCAGAAAAAUUCUGAAAUUUGGGAGAAACGUGCACAAAAAGGGCAAAUCCCUGAGAUGUGGGGGGAAAUGGGCAAAAAAAAAAUUUAAAUGGGGGGGGGGAAGUGUUAAAACCCAAUUUUUUGGAAGAAAAAAGGUUAAAAUUAUGAAACAUGAGGGGAAAAGGGGGAAAAAGACAUUAAACUGGGGAAGGGAAAGGGUAAAAAAAUGUGAAAUUUGGGCAGACAAAAUCCUCAAUUUCUGCCCCUCACCAAACAAUAAGGAAAACCAGGAAUAAAUAGGGAAUGAAGCCUCCCCACUCUUCCCCAAUCACUGGUCCCUUGGCUCUUGAAUUCCUGGGCCCCUGCAGACACAAAGUGUUUGUCCCAAAGUCACUCCUUUUAUACCCAAAUUAAAAAUAUCCAAGGCACAGCAAACCAUGCAGAUUUGGGCAGAUUCAGCAGAAUUUCACAAUGGGGGCGGGGGGAGGGGGACAGGGAGGCAUGACCCACAGUUCCAGGGAAUUUGGGAGCUGGCAGCUGGAUCCUGUCACGGAUGGGAAAUUAUGGGAAUGGAACCCACAGGACAUCUCGACAGAUGUGAGUGACAGGGAUGUUGUGACAGGUGUGGGACCCACAGCAAUCAUCCCAAAUUCCCUGAACUCCCAGAACCUCUGGGAGUAUCACCCGUGGUAGCCUCUGGCCCCGUGACACCAGUGAAAGGACAGACCAAAUCCAGGUGGUUUUUACCCAAAACUAAUGACCCAAGUCGCAGCAGGAAAUUCCAGAAAAUGGGAAAUUCUGGCCCAAAUGACUGAAAAAGCUGAAGAAAAACAGCUAGACCCAGGAGAGAUGACAGCAAACAGGGAAUUAAGGGCUUUUGCCUUAAAAUGAAGACAUAAAAAUGGAGAAACCCUGAACCCCACAGAGAUCCUCAAAACUGUCCAGAAACAGAGACACCACCCCCAAAGCCAUCCAGGGACCCCCAAAACCACAUGGGGAUCCCCAAAAACUACCCAGGCAUCCCCUCAGCCCUCUGAACCUCCCAAACCACAAGGUCCCUGUGGGAAGAUGGGGGUCCCUGGAAGGGUUUUGGGGCUCCUGAUAAAUUACACAAAGAAGAGAAAUUUUCAGUUGCCCUGAAGGAGCUGGAAGGAGCUUAAAGACUAACUGGCAAAAACAGCUGAAAGAUGUAAAGGUAUGCACAGAGGAUCACAAGCACAGCUGGAGCCAGUGGACACACAGGUAAUGAGGAAUGUAGUGGGGUUUUUGUCAAGUUAUGUGACUUGACAUGCUCAAGGAAAACGUUCAAGGAAAGGUCACGUGUACUAUGGAAGCACUGAGUGAAUAUACCACCAAAGACCUGUUUGUGGUCCCUCCAGGACCAUAGCCUGCGGCAAAGUUUCACUGCACACAUCAGAUUAAAGGAGAAAUCCUUCAGUGUGUCCCGUGCAGUUAGAGAACGCCGGCUUUCCAAUGCUUCAAAUUGUGUUAGAAAGUUUAUUUGCCAGCCAAUUUUGCUAUCAUUCCCUUGGACGAGCUUACGGACCUAAGGGGAGCUGAGAGAGUCCUGUCGGGAUUUGGGAGGGUCUGGAGUUCCUGGGGAGACUUGGGGGGUCCACGGGGGAGACCGGGGGUCUCUGUCAGCGGGAUCCCAGCUCUCUGCCACUUUACCCACCCCGAGAGCCUCCCAAACCAUAUGGGGGCCCCCUGACCGUCCCGGACCGCCAAGUCCCUUCCAGGACGCCCAGAACCACACCAGCCUCCCUCCACCCCAAACCUUUCCCUGGGCAUCCCAAAUAACCUCUCUGAGACCCUCAAAACCACCCCAGUGACCCCCAGAAAUCCUGAGGCAUCUCUCAGCGUCCCCAGAGCCCCAAACCCCUCCAGGGACCCCCAUUUAUGCUCCAGGGCCCCUUCAGUGCCCCAGAACCCCAAACCCCUCCAGGGACCCCCAUUUAUGCUCCAGGGCUCCCUCAGUGCCCCAGAGCCCCAAACCCCCCGCGGACCCCCAGAGCGCUCCCGCCGACCCUUCCCCUCCCCCGCCGCGCUCGGCGCCGCCGCUUCCCGCCUUCCCCCUCCCCCGCCUCCCAUUGGCCGUAGCGCCCGCCCGUCCCAGCCCUGAACCAAUCAGCGCCCGAGCUCGGAGCGCGGGGGCGAAACCAAAAGAGAGCGCGGGCGAUGGAACGGGUGAGGCCUGAGGGGUCCGGAGGGGACCGAGGCGGGGAUUUGGGGAUGCCGGAGGGGAAUCUGAGGGCUCGGGAGGGCCCCGCGUCACUUCCCGCAUACCUCCUGCAGAGGCUCAGCCUGGAGCAGCGAACGGAGCGUCUGGUGCAAAGAAGGAGCACCUCGGGGACCCCCAGCUAUCCCACCCGAUCCCGGCUGGUGACGUCCCGGACCCCCCAUUCUGCCCAUAACCAGGCCCUGCUCAGGCCCCGCCCCCGCGCGCCGGAGAGGGCGAAGCCUCUGCUUGGCUCCGCCCCCUGCAGCUCCACCCUCGAUGACCCCCUCGUCCAAUGGCGCUUGAGGCGGUGCCGAGGGGAGGAGCCAGCGCUGGACGCGCCCCCGGUGGGCAGGGCCCUGGGGGGCUCUGCUGCUCCCCGGGGUUCCCUGCAGGGACUGCCAUCGGGGAGGUCACGUGAUUUCACCGGGGCCCAGCAGGAGGCAGUGCCCUGUGAGUCACGUGACCCGCCUGAGGCCCUAUGGCCAAUCGGGAGACGCUUCUGCAGGCACCAGGGGGCUCCUUCACCCCAGGCUGUCUCCCAGGAACCCUCGUGGCGGGAUCCAUGUUGGAGGCCACAUGACUCCCACACGACCCUCCGGCCAAUGAGGAACAGCUCUCUGGAAACCCUGCAGGGGGCACUGUACUCACAGUCACGUGACUCGCGCCAUGCCCCUAGGCAAAUCAGCAGCAGCUGCUGUGCACCUCUGCACCAGGGAGCACCACCCUGUGGGAAGCAAGAGUCCCAUGAGCCUUUGCUGCAGGAGCCGUUUUGGGAGUCACAUGACUGCCGUGGGGCUCUGUGGUGUGCACCAUAUUGGAAGUCAUGUGACUCAAAGGAUGCCCUGCGGCCUGCAAGGGAGGCACUUCCUGAGCCCCUGCGCCAGGGAGGGUCAGGCUUGAGGUCACGUGACCCCCGUGAGGCCCCACAGCCGAUCAGGAGCAGCGCACGUGAUGCCCAUCAGGGGGCGCCAUGGCAGCAGCCACUGGGCCCUCUUGGGGAUCCCCUCCUCUGGAUGCUGCGAUGCCACCGCCGGGCCCUAAGGGAACGCCUUCGGCCGCGGGGCGCCGUGGGACGCCGAUAGAGCCGGGACUGCGGUUCCCGUCAUGCCGCGCGGCCCGUGGGAGUCCCCUCAGAGCCGGGGCUGUCCCCUGAGGAGCGUCCCGGCUGCUCCCCAAGUGCUUCCCCGAACCCUAAGUGCCCCCGGGGUCCCGUAAGUACCCCAGUUUCCCUCUCCUGACCCUCCAGUGCCCCUCAGGGUCCCGCAGUCCGCCCGCCCCCCGUCCCCUACUUUCCCCCAAAAUGCCCCCUCUGUGUCUCCUCGGACCCCCAGGUGCUCCCCACCUGCCUCCCCGACCCCUAAGUGCCCCUCCAGACCCUUGAAUGAUCCCGCAAGCACCCCCACCUGGCCUCCAAGCGCCCCUCGAGUGUCUCCUGGGAAUUGGCGCCAUGACGACAAUGUAGGGAGAGACCCAGACCCUGACGCAGUAUCAGCAACAGUUCAGGCUUUAAUUAAAAUUUGAAUCAAAACUGCAAUUGCCGAUGUGGGGGAUGGACAAGCCCCCCCGCUUUUUCGUGCCACUCCCGUGGUCCCUCUUGGGGCCAGGGAAAUUGCAGGAAAAACAUUCCUGCAUGUUGCGCACAUCCAAAUUUCAUGGGAAUCAGGAACAGAGUCUGUGUGGUGAACUUCCCUGUCAGGUGCAGAUAAAUCCUCUCAGAUGAAGAAGAGGUUGAGAGGACUUUGGGGACCUGGAGAAUACACUCCUGUAGCUCCCCCCCAAAACCCCAGAGACCCCCUCCAUCCCCUACAGAGUCCCCAGUAGAUCCCAAGUACCCUUAGAGUCCCCUCAAAAUGCUUCAUAGAUCUCCCCCCCCCGAACACCCUGUAAGCCCUCAGGACCCUCCCAAACCUCCUGAGGCUCUCUAAAAUAACCCAUAGAUCUGCCCACUCUCCCACACCCCCAAAAGGGGCUACUCCAGGUGGCCACAACUAGGCAUGGACUGCCUGAGCCACUUUUUGGGCUGAUAUGUAUGUAGGUAUAAAUCUAAUAGAGAUAUAAAAUAUAAUAUAGAAAGGGGCCUCCAGGAGAGCUGGGGAGGGUCUUUGUCAGGGGACAGGAUGGAGGCUGAGGGUUUUCACCUGCCAGAGGGCAGGGUUAGAUGGGAUACUGGGGAGAAAUUCCUCCCCGUGAGGGUGGUGAGACCCUGGCACAGGCUGUCCAGAGAAGCUGCAGCUGCUCCAUCCCUGGCAGUCUCCAGGGCCAGGUUGGAUGGGGCUUGGAGCAACCUGGGAGAGUGGAAGCUGCCCCUGCCCACGGCAGGGGGUGCAUCGAGAUGACCUUUGAAGUCCCUUCCAACCCAAACCAGCCUAGGAUUCCAAAAGUGGGGGAGGGUUGGGAUGGGCGACCUUGGCUGACCCCAGGUGCUCCCCCAGGCUGCUCCAUCACUCACACCUCAGAGAGAGACAGCAAGAGAAAACCUGAUGAGAAAGCUCCUGGGGAAGAUGUGUUGGGGGGGUGUGAGUCCCUCAGGAACUGCUCCAGGUCCCUUUCCGUGGGCUGAAUCCCUCAGGUGGAGGCAUUUCGGACAUGGAGGCAACACCUACCUCACUCU